AUGGACUAUAAGGCACUUGCCCAAGAAACUGCUCAAGAAGUUUUAGAAUACAGUCAAGACACAUCAGGCUGGAAAGUGGUUUAGACUUCAAAAAAGAUAACUGUUUCCAGCAAGGCUUCUAAAAGAUUCCAUGGAAAUCUAUACCGUGUUGAAGGAAUAAUUCCAGAAUCAACAACUAAACCGUCUGAUUUCCUCUACAAAUCUGAAAACAGAGUUGCAUGGGAUAAAUCAUUGAAAAAAGUGUAUAAUAUGGUACACAAGAUUGAUUUGGACACAUUCCUAUGUCAUACCAUUACACCAAGUUUUGCCAUGGGCUCAAUUUCCCCCCGAGGCUUUAUCGACUUAGUGUACCUCAAGCACUACGAAGGGAAUAUGGAUAUUAUCGGUUCUAACGGUGUGGAUUUCCCAGCACAUCCUCCAUCUUCAAAUUAUAUCCGUGGUUAUAACCAUGCUUGUGGCUAUAUAUGUUCUCCUCUGCAAGAGAACCCAGCACAUUCCAAACUAGUGAUGUUUAUCCAGACAGAAAUGAGAGGAAAAUUGUCCCCAUCAAUAAUUGAAGCAACCAUGCCUUCCAACUUAGUAAGCUUCGUCCUCAAUGCAAAGGAUGGAAUACAGACACUCAGAGCUCCAGUAGGACGUGGAUACCAUCAUAGCGGUCACUCAUCAUUCCUAAAGGAGUGAGGCCAUAGAAAAGCAUGUGUGGCAGUUACUGCAGUUUACUUCCAAGUCAGUAUGCAUAAAUACUGUUACACUAUUCUAGACUGUAUCCUUGUACAAAUUACUGAAGGCAUUCUGUGGAAAUAAGAACUCAUAGUUGUACAAGAGAACAGCAUUAAAUAUAGUUUUUAAUCUCAUAU